UGGUGCUCCUGGUUCACAAUUAGUCACCGAGAUGUUUAAAGUGGACUGGAACACAUAUUUGGCUAGUCGGAGGAACGUUAUUGUCGCACAGAUCGAUGGCAGAGGAAGCGGAGGACAAGGCUAUAAAUUGCUUCACGAGGUUUAUUACAGAUUAGGUUCUGUAGAAGUGGCUGACCAACUUGAAGUUACAGAAUACUUACGGGACUCACUACAUUUCGUGGAUAAACGAAGAGUCGCCGUAUGGGGAUGGAGCUACGGCGGUUUCGUCGCUGCUCUUGUUUUGGCUCAUCCGGAACAAAAGGUGUUUCAGUGCGGCAUAAGCGUCGCGCCUAUUGUCUCCUGGAAGCUUUACGAUUCUGCAUAUGCCGAAAGAUACAUGGGAUUACCGAACGUGACAUCCAAUUACAAAGGCUACGCUGAAUCCAACGUUUAUGACAAAGUAAGGUAUCUGCAUGAUAAGAUGUUUUAUUUGGUACACGGGACUGCGGAUGACAACGUCCAAUUUCAACAGUCCAUGGCACUUGCUCGUCAUCUUGCUAAGGAAGGCAUACUCUUUCGACAGCAGGUCUAUCCGGAUGUAAGCCAUACUUUAGCGGGCGUUAAGGGACAUUUGUAUCUCUCCAUGGAACAGUUCUUGGAAGAUUGUUUUCAAAAACAAGUACCUGUUGACACGAAAGCCGGACUUGGCAGCGGUGGCUCUGGUGGCAUGUACUAAUAUUAAGAGAUAGCGAUUACGUGCAACAUCACGUAAUGAUAUCUUCGAAUUGUUUGAAAUUGAAUUAAAAAAAGAAAAGAAAUGAAAUGAAAAAAUUUGUGAAAAUCUAAACAUCUCCAAAUUGUGUUCCAUCUAAUAGAAUAUUUACAGAAGAUAUGUGCAUGGCCCAUCGUUUUGUACUCCAACGCUCGAAAAUACAAUGAAAAGUGUAUAAUUAUCCCGUGCAUGCGUUUACACCGGUUAAAAGAGCACGUAUCGAUCAUCCAAUCAAAUAAAUUGUUUAUGAAAUA